AUGAAAUUUGGUAAAACAUUCUUAUCACAUCAGAUUCCAGAAUGGUCAAUAUUCUAUAUGAAUUAUAAGAAUUUGAAGAAAGUCAUAAAGAACAUCGAUUAUGAUUUUAACCCAUCAGAAAUGGAAAUCAGUGAUUUAAUUCAAAAUAUCUUAUCACAAUUCUAUUAUCAAUUAGAUAGAAAUAUUGAAAAAGUUGACACUUUCUAUAAUAACAAGUUCAAUGAAUACGAUAGAAGAUUAACCAAUAUUAAGAAUUUGUUAGGUUUCAAAGAUAACAGAGUCACUCAUGAAAUCAAUUCUAAUGAUGAGUUAGAUGAAAUUAUUUCUAUUCUUUUAGAAUUAAAGAAUUUCUUCCGUAAUUUGAAAUGGUUUGGUGAAUUAAAUCAUAAAGGGUUCAUUAAAAUUUUAAAGAAAUUAGAUAAGAAAUUAGACAGUUUGACCAACUUAUCUAAUAACCAUAUUGAAUCUCAAUUGAUUAGUUUACCCACUAAUAAUAAAGAGAAUUAUUUGUUAACAAGAGUUGAUGCUUUACCAUUUGCCAAUGAAAUUGAUUUGAUCAAUAAUCUUGAAAUGAUCAAUACAAUUUUGAAUCAAUUGAGUUAUAAGGAGUUCCCUCAACAAUCAGACCAAGUCAAACAAGUCAAUAGAAACGAUAAUUUAUUGAAUAAUUUCGAUAACUUAUAUUUAUCGAAUUUCUCCGAAUUGAUAGAAAACGAUAAUGAUGUGAAUUUGAUCGAAGAAUUGAAUAAGAUUCCUAAAAUUAAACAAAAUUUGAAAUUCUUGAUCAGUUUAUUGAUCAAAUCAACCAUCAAAAACAGUUUGAAAUGUAUUGAUUCAAUCUUCAACUUAUUAUUGAUCUAUUUAAAGGAGAAUAAUUUGUCUACUGAUAAUUUAUUGUAUGAUAAAUUUGAUAUUAAUGGUAGAAACUUCUUCCAUAAUUUGAUUUUGAAUUUCGGUAAGUUAUUAGAUAGUAACAACAACCAAAAUCUGUUGAAAACUGUUGUACCUGGUGAACAAACUUCAUUGAAGAAAUUAUACGAUAAUAAUAGUGGAGUUGAUGGAGCAAAAUUGAUAACUUUUGAAUUGUCUGGUUUUGCUUAUAUCUUAGAUAAAAUCAAUGACAAUGUUCAAUAUCAUAACUUGAAAUUCUUAUUGAAUGCUAAAGAUAAUUAUUUAAGAACUCCCUUACAUUACAGUUCCCAAUUUGGAAUCAAAAACAUCAUCAAAUUGAUUUUACAAUAUUUAAAUUCAUGGAAUUUAAUCAAUAAUAUCUCAAUUGAUGAUGUUAAAUUCUGGGGUGAUCAAGAAAAUUUAACUCCCAUUCAUUUAUCAAUCAUUGGUAAACAUCCAAAGACUACUGAAUAUUUAUUGGUCUAUUCCAACACUAAGAAAUUGACUUGUUUGAACUUGAUAUUAUUGGCUGUUAGAUUGGAUUCUUCAGAGAUUUUAAAGACUUUGAUCACUUUAGGUAAGAUUGACAUCAAUUAUACUGAUUUUGAACACAAUAAUGAAACUUGUUUGUUCAUCGCUUCCAAACUCAAUUAUCCUGGCGUUGUUGAAUUCUUAUUGAAUAAUCAUGCUAACCCUGAAAUCGGUGAAAUGGUUUUUGGAUGGACACCAAUUUUCGUAGCAGCUUCUGAAGGAUAUGAAGAAAUUGUUAGAUUAUUAGUUAAUGCUGGUUGUAAAUUUGAUAUGGUAGAUGAUUCUGGUUGGUUACCAAUGGAACAUGCUGUUUUAAGAGGUCACUUACAUGUUGCUGAUUAUAUUAAGCCUUCUGAUGAUAAACUUUUAUUAUAUGAUAUAAAUAAUCCUGAUAAUAACUUACAAAGAAUUCCAGUUUCUUCCCAAUUGAAAAUGGAAAUUGAUAAUUCCUUAGUUUUAACUCCAACCAAUUCUUCGUCCAUAGAUAUUUUACCUGAGUCAACUAAGAAUAACGUCAAUGAGGUAUAUAAACAAUUGAAACAAUUUGAUUCAACUUCAAGUGUUGAAAAAAGAUCAAGAUCAAAAUCUCCUAUGAACGUGAAAAAAAUCAAACCUAUUAAAUCUUUCGGUCAUAGUUUCUUAAGUAAUGAUGAAUCAGUCCUUUUGAUCACCUUAGGAACUACUGACUUGAGAGAUAACACUAAACCUAUUGAAUUAAAUAAUGUGUCAUUAUCUAAGAAUUUGAUUACUGAAUUAGAUACAGCUUUGAGUUUGGUUGUCACCUGUAGAAACAAAUUAGACAAUGAAAGUGUUGAAUCUCCAGUUAUUAUUGAUUUACCAUUAGAAGAUCAUCAUGGUUCAGCCACCGAUCCUAUUACUUUCAAAUUGACUAACAAUUUAACUACUGACGAUAUUGUUAUUACUUUUGAUAUUGUUCCUACUUAUCAAUACAACAAUCAAACAGAAGAGUUAUUAGUUAAAGAAAAUAAGAUUUUAGGUAGAGCGGUUGCUUUCCCUAACGACGCAUACACCAAAGUUGGACCAAAUUUAAGAUCAUUGAAUUCAGUCAUUAAAUCUCCAAUUAUAGAAUCCAAAACUUUGAAUGUUUUAGGUUCCGUUAAAUUCGAAUUCUUAUGUGUUAAAUCUUUUAACCAUCCUAAUUUGAAAAUCGGUAGAUCAGAUACUUAUUGGAAACAAUUGGUAUCAACUCGAGUUAUUGGUCAUAGAGGUUUAGGAAAGAAUGUUAACGAUAAGAAAUCAUUACAAUUAGGUGAAAACACCGUUGAAUCAUUUAUUGCAGCAGCUUCAUUAGGUGCUUCAUAUGUUGAAUUUGAUGUUCAAAUUACUAAGGACGGGACACCAGUUAUUUACCAUGAUUUCACUGUGGCCGAAUCUGGAGUUGAUAUUCCAAUGCAUGCUUUAACCACCGAACAAUUUUUACAUUUGAGUGACAACGAUUACAAUCCUUUACAUAACAUCACCAAUGGUGACAAGUCUCCUUAUUUACACAGUUCAAAUAAUACCAGUGAAGAUCUUUCAUCAUCAUCAACUUAUGCAUUUGAUGAUGAAAUCUUGAGCAAAGUUAAUAGACCAAGAUCAAUGGCUGGUUAUAAAUCUACACCUAAUAUGAAUCACCACCAUGCUGUGAAUGAAUAUGAACCAGAAGAUGAAAUCGAUAAGGAAGUUCAAGAUCAAAUCAACAGAAGAAUGAAAUUGACUAAAACUUGGAAGGAUAAAGGUUAUAAAGGUAAUGCCAGAGGUUUAUCUAUUGCUUCUAAUUUCGUAACUUUGAAAGACUUAUUCAAAAGAAUCCCAAAACAUGUUGGGUUCAAUAUUGAAAUUAAAUAUCCUAUGUUAGAUGAAGCUCAAUUAGAAAGUAUGGGAGAAAUUGCUUACGAUAUCAAUUACUACGUUGAUACCAUCUUGAAAUCAGUUUAUGAUGAAAACGUUACUGGUAGAGAUAUUAUCUUUUCAUCAUUCCAUCCUGAUGUUUGUGUGUUAUUAUCAUUAAAACAACCAACUAUUCCAAUUUUAUAUUUAACUGAAUCAGGUACUACCCCAAUGGCAGAUAUCAGAGCCAGUUCUUUACAAAAUGCCAUUAGAUUUUCCAAGAAAUGGAAUUUAUUAGGUAUUGUUUCAGCAGCUGAAACUUUCAUAAAGACCCCAAGAUUAGCUCAAGUAGUCAAAUCAUCAGGUUUAGUUUGUGUUACUUAUGGUACAUUGAAUAAUAUUCCAGAGAAUUGUAAGAUUCAAAUGAAAGCUGGUGUUGACGCUGUUAUUGCUGAUAAAGUCUUAGCUGUUAGGGAAGGUCUUAGAAAAGAUGAAACUCCUGCUUUAUAG